UUUUCCUACGUCAGAACCAAAAGCCAGCACAGAAGCUGCGUGCUGCUGACUGAGCUAGAAGGGGCUUCCGGGGGAGAGAGCUUUCUGCAGAAGACGUGCAUCUAGCAGAGGGGCAGAGUGAGCGGGGAGCUGCACAGGUGCAAGCUCAGAGCAGAUUCUGGAAGAAACAUGAACAAAAUGAAUGGUAUCCUGUUCACUGUCUUCAUUGUUCUGAUUGCUUAUUGCAGUUCUGGAUAUGCCCUGAAGUGUUACAUCUGUGCAGAUAGUCCUUCAUUGUGUUUAACCAAUGCUACUUGCACCCAUGGAGAUGAUAGUUGCUUACAGAUCAGGUUUGGUAUGUAUACUAUCCCAGAGAAUAAAAUAAAUACAGAAAAAUUAACUCAUUCAAAGUCUGUGCAUUUCAAGUCUGGAAAUGUCCGACUCCGAGCGAGAAAAUUGCCACGCUGUAAAUUGCCGGGGCAGACAAGCCCUAGCCGCCUGCAGCGGGCUGGCCCCCUCCCAGACCGCGGGGCGGGAGGAGGGAGACGAGAAGAGGGUAAGGCGCCUGCCGAGCCGGGAGCCGCCCCUGGCGUCACCUGCUUCCCCGCAGCUCGGCCGGGAGCGGAGACCGUUGGGCUGCUGCGUAGCCCCCCGGAAGAUCUUUCGGCGGCGGCCCGGGCUGACGCGCCUCGCAGGCCGGCAGCGGAUAUAGGAAGAAACAUGAACGGGAACAAAACAAAUUGUGUCCUGCUCACUGGCUUCAUUAUUCUGGCUGUGUUUUGCAGUUCUGGAUAUAUGCUGAAGUGUUACAACUGUCCACUUACUGCUCUGCCAUGUAAGACCAAUAUUACCUGCCCAAGUGACACUGAUUCUUGCCUAUGGAUUAAAAGUGGUGACAGGACGCUCUCUGAUUGCUAUAAAUAUUCCAACUGCGACAUGAACGGAAUUAAAGAGAAAUACAAGUUUGACAACUUUAAUUUCAAAUGUUGCCAAAAAGAUCUGUGUAACAGGAGUCAAACCACAAUGAUUAGUACAGCAGUCUUCAGCGUUGCUACCGUGAUGACCAUGAUCUGGAUACUCUGCUUUUAAGAUGGAGGGGAAAAAAUAUAAUUUUGUUUUCUUAAAUACCUACUGAUUUAUAAAUCAUACAUAUAAACAUGCUGUCUAUUGUAUACAAUUUUUGUGCCUAGAGCAGUUGUGUUUGAGAAAGCAGACUUAAAAAAAACAGUUGUUGGAAAAGCUAUAUGUUAAAAUGUAGGGAAAGUACAUCUGUAGUGGUAGAUAAUUAUAACUUCUAUCAAGAAUCUGCAGUUAUGUGUUAUCUGGAGUAAAUUCUUUCCCUUGCUUGCAGUGAGUUUCACAUCUCUGAUCUGAUUUGAGUUUGUCCUUUGCACUCCAGUUGUGGCAAUGUUACAUAGCCUUUCAAAGGUGUAAGCCAUUUUUUAAAGUCAGACUAUUGUUUGUGAAACUGUUAGGAAUUGGUCUUGCCCAGCAGCUUUUCCUUUAUUUUCUUAUGUAAUUGUUUCUGCUUGAAAAUAUGUUUAACAAAUGCACCUAACUCCCCAUAUCAGGUCAUAAUUGCUUUUUUGUAGAACACUUAUAACUGCCAAAAUUGUAUUAUUAGUGGUACUGCUUUGUGGCUAAUGCACUGCAUGUUUAUACAUGAAAUGACUCUCGACAGUCUGUUUUGUUGUAAAGUGUAGUGACUCAGACUGGGGUGAUAUUUACAGUCCCUCUCAUAUUCCUGGAGAACUUCUGUAGGAGAACUUCUCCUUUCUGAGAAGUAAUGUAAAUACACUGAGGGGCAUGCUCCUACUUCACUUAGAGAAGGGGUGAAGUGAAUUACCACUGUCCUUUUUUUUUUUUGGUAUGCUUGAGAUCUUUAAUCUGUGGCAUCUAGAGUUUCCUAUGCUGAGCACUACACUUCAUCUUGGCGACUCUCUUUGAACAGAUUGUAAAGGCACCAUGAUGCAACUGAUGGCAAGUUUUUUUUCCUUCAAAAUGAUUUAUCCACUUAAACCAUUCUGUAACUUCAGUGAUCAUUCAGACUCAGCAGUAAUGUGGGGUGAUAAUAAAAUAUGAGCUGUGACUGGUUUAUUUA